AUGAGUCCACCAUCUUUGCUCUAUAUUGAUUACGAAGUGACUGGUUUUCACACACCUUUCUUGGAUCUGGCAAAAUCUAUCUAUCUGGACGGCUUCUUCGAUGCAAUGUACGCUGAUCUCUUGUACGACGAUAUUCUCCACAAGGACGACAGUGGCAGUAUCUGGGUAGAUUGGAAAACUGGAAAAGAUUGUAUAUCCAUCGACUACGGUUUGGCUUUGGAACCCUUGUGGAAGACCCUCGCCGGCAUCAAGCUCGAGUACGUCCUCAGACCCAUACUCAAGAUGCUCGAGCAAAUGGCUCCAUCGCAAAGAGAUACCGCCGAGGAGACACUUGCGUGUGGCCUUUUCUGUUGUGCACUGCUCUCGAGGGACUACUCGACAAGGUCAGACGUUUUCUACCUCAAUCUAGCUAUCGGGGUUCGACUCGCAACGGAAAUGAGGGCCGUACUCUCUGAAUGUUUUGGCUGGAGCAACUGGCCCCAGAGUGUUUUACAGGAGGAAGUAUCUCUUCCACGUGCAGCACCAGAACCAGGGAACCAGCAACUGAUCUCCUUCAGUGGAAAGAGACGCAUUUUGCACGGGUCGAGAGCGGAGCCCAUCCGUGAUACUGCUCACAGGCCAUUUCCUAGGGCCAGUGGGAUCCUCGUGGCCAGUCUACUCUCUGAUGCUAUGGAAGAGCGUAAUAAAGGUAUCCCUUUCUACUGGAAAAUUCACAGAUCCCUUGAUUUCGAGACUGUUGUUUUAAAACGGGAAGACGAUACCAUUGCUUUACACAACAGAUUCUCUACCAGGGCGGGAGAGGGCGCGGCGAUGAUAAGUCAGCGGAUCCACCACGUCCGCAAAGAAGCUAUGAGGAUUGCACCCUUCACGUGUAUCACCCAGUACUUAUUUGCAGAGUCUCGGAUUGACCGACAUUUCAAGUAUCGCCAGAUACUUGCUGAAGUUGCCGAUACGGCGAAGAAGACCUUGAUCGACGUCGGGUGUUGCAUGGGAACUGAUAUCCGAACAUUGAUAGCAGAUGGCUACCCUGCUCACAGCAUCACAGGACUUGAUCGUGAGAUUCGCUCCAUCAACCUCGGGUAUACUCUCUACAACCAUCGCCCACAAGAUCUUGGGGUCCAGUUUCACGAGGCCGAUGUGCUAGACCCGAGCAACUUCACAAAGCGCAAGGACCUAGCCGGCCAGUUUGACUUCGUCCACUCUGCCAACGUUAUCCAUCUAUUCGACGAAACCCAGCAGGAAGCCUUCAUCCAAGCGCUGACAUUCCUCGUGAAGCCGGGCGGAACGGUAUGGGGUCGCCAAGUGGGUCUCGAAGAUGAUGAGGAGGAGGCGACAAAUCGCUUUCGACAGCCCGAGGGCAAGGGUAUGCGCCAUACGAUCGCGCAAUUUCGGCGUCUGUGGUUGAGGGCUACCGGGUGGGAUGCGAAAAUGCUGGAGUUUGAGGCAGAGCUCGUUCCUUAUGAUGAGUUGAGGGAUCAACGGGCGGAUAAACGCUUUGUUCUACAGUGGAGUAUUCGUGCUCCAACCGAUGAUCGUACGGCCAGAAUAGUGGACGAAAGUUAA